AUGAAUAGAAUCCUCGCCCUUGCCUUUGGGUUUACCCUCCAGAAGGAAAGAGACUGUGCUGACCCAGACACUUUGAGUCCCCACUUCCACAUGCCCUGCGAUCUUGUUGCAGGCCUACUCCACUCACACUCCCAUGAAGGUGGUUUCUCACACAUGCUCAUGCUCCCCAGUGACAAGGGAGGUGAACAGGACCCCGAGGAUGAGGAUUCCAUGGGGGCUAGACCUAAUCUUGGCCACUGCACACUAGCAUGCGCCCAGGGGCUGGAGCCCUGACACCCCAGCACAGGUUCUAGGGCAGUACAAGGUGGCCACUGUGACUUGUGUGGGAAGGUGUUCAGCCAAGGCAGCAACCUGCUGAGGCACCCAAAGAUACACACAGGUAGAUGAUCUUUUGUGUGUUGUGAAUACGGUCGCAGCUUCAGCCGCAGUUCACACCUGCUAUACCACCAGCUCACGCACACUGAGAAGCACCCAUUUGUGUGCAGUGGCUAUGGCCAGGGCUUUGUGCACAAGGAGGAGCAACGGCUGCUGCACACUGGCGAACAGCCCUCCUGCUGCACGGACCGUGGCCAGUGCUUCCAGCAGCGCUCCAAUCUUCUGCAGCACCAGCACAUCCACAGAGCCACGCCCAUCUUGUCUCAGUGGGUCCCCGAGCCCCUAGUCCCCUCCCCGUGCACUGAGUGCCAGGAGAGCUUCAGAUGGCACUCAGUGUUGCUGGAGCACCAAGCAGUGCACACUGAUGAGCAGCGUUUCGGCUGUGUGGAGUGUGGCAAGUGCUUUGGCUGCCACUCUGUGCUGCUGCCGCACCGUUGGGCAUACAGUGGGGAGCGGCCCUUCACCUCCCGGCAGCACUCCAACAUCAUGCAGCACCAGUGCAUCCACCAGGGCAAGUUGCCCUUCUUCACCUGUGCUGAAUGCAGCAAGUCGUUCCGCCAGCAGCCCAUGCUCAUGUAGCACCUGUGGGUGCACACUAGUGAGAAACCUUUCUCCUGCCCCAAGUGUGGCCAGAGCUCCAGCCACUGCCUCAAGCACACACAGCACCAGUGAACCCACACAAGAGAGAAGCCCUACCACUGCACUAAGUGCAGCCUGGGCUACACACAGGUCUCCCACCUCAGGGAGCAUCAGCACAUCCACACAGAGAGGCCCUUCACCUGCCCCAAAUGUGACCAGACCUUCCGGUCACACACCCUCACACAGCACCAGCAUACCCACACUGGGGAGUGGCCCUCUGCCUGCGCCGAAUGUGCCAAGGCCCACACUCAUGCAGCACCUGCACACCCACAGCCCCCUGCCUGCCAGGACUGUGGCUGCAGCUUCCACCAGAGCACCAAGCUCAUCCAGCAACAGCACAUUCAGGGUAGGCAGCGCUCACCACUUGCUUUGUUCUUUGCAUGUCCACCAGGUCCUGUGGGUAGGAAAUGGGGCCACAAACUCCUGCCUCACAGGGUUGCUGUAAGGCUGUGAUUGCAGACGCUCAUCCAAUAGGUGCUCAAUAAACAGUGUCUGGAACCUGAGUCUCACCCACAGUGCCUCCCCACCUCUGUGGGUCCCUCUGACCCAUCUGCACCAACAUGGUUCCUCAAACAAACACACCCUGCAGAGGGGGCUCCUAAUAGAGCCUCUCCAUGUCUUGGGGUAUUGCUGUACCAUUUACUCCAGAUACCUCAACCACAAAUACCCACCACACUGAGACCUCACCUCCAUAAGACUGGCUUCAGGAACAGUGAGAUAAUACAGCAGGUAGGGCACUUGCCUUGCAUGUGACUAGCCCAGGUUCAAUCCCUGGCACCCCACAGAGAUCCCCAAGCCCACCUGGUGUGAUCCUAGGGCACUGUUGAGUAUGACCCAAGAACCCAAGGGAACCAUAAAAAAAGACUGCCUUUAGGUAAAAUGCCAGAAGUCAGAAAGAUAGCUUAAAUAGUUAGAGCACAUGUGCAGACCAAGAAGAUAACUCAAAAGGGCUGGAACACAUGUUUCAGGUUCACAGCCUCUGGGUACCACUUAGCUACGGCACCAAAACAAAAAAUAUGUGUCAGCCCCAUAUUUUUUCUGGCCCUAUUUCUUCCAUCUCCCCACCAAACAUCCUUAACCCUACCCAGAACCGGGGCAUCCACCAUAUCUGAUAAUGUCAACAACUGAUGUAGGGGGACAUAUAUGCGAGGGGAGGGGAGGGGAUAGUGUCCCUGAUCCAGUGAUAGCAUUUGUCCUCUCCAACCAUAAAAGGGACUCCAAGGCCCUGGUCUGAAAUCCAUAGAAUCAGAGUGGUGAGGGGGACAACCAAUGAACCCUAAGCACAGGCUAGGAGUCAGAUCUAGGUACACAAAGCAAUUAGUGGUCUCAAAUUAGAGGGAGUCCCCAGAACUUCAAAAAUUCUCUCAUAUGGAUUUUAACAAGACUAUUUGAGGGGCUGUUACUCAGGCUACUCCUGCUUAGCAUUCAGGGCACUGAAGUCGGUGGUGCAAGGAAUCAAACUGGGGUUUUCUACAUGCAAGGCAAGUACCUUAACUUCUAAGCUAUCUUUCUGAAAUUCUGUGAGUUUUGUAAUCAGAAACUGAAGACAGGGGCUGGAGCAAUAGCACAGCAGGUAGGGCAUUUGCCUUGCACGUGGCCAACCCGGGUUCAAUUCCCAGCAUCCCAUGUGGUCCCCUGAGCACCGCUAGGAGUAAUUCCUGAGUGCAGAACCAGGAGUAACCCCUGUGCAUUGCCAGGUGUGACCCAAAAAGCACUGUCACUGUCACUGUCAUCCCCAAUUGCUCAUCGAUUUGCUUGAGCGGGCACCAAUAACGUCUCCAUUGUGAGACUUGUUAACUGUUUUUGGCAUAUUGAA